GACUCGGACCAAUCACCGCACGCGCACACCCGUUGCCAACAUGAAGGCACAUAGGGGAGCCUCUGCCAUUGAGAUAAAAGAAUAAGCCUUGUUAUUUUUAAAAGUAGUGAAUGCCCUAACUGGACAAAAAUAGAUGCGACACCGACUUAAUAUUUUGGUCCUGCAGAAUGUCCAAGAUCAGGCGGAAGGUAACAGUGGAGAAUUCUAAGACCAUAUCCGACAGCAGCAGCACCACGACCAGCAGCAGCAACACCGCCGCCCCCUCCCGCCGGCCCAGCGUGUUUGAAAGACUGGGCCCCAGCACUGGGAGUAAUGCUGCUGAUAGUCACUGUAGAAAUUGGUUGAAGACUGGUAAUUGCAGCUACGGCAACACUUGUCGCUACACUCAUGGAACUCAGCCACGGGGCAAAGGAUUUAGUUUUAGUCGGUCAGCAGAGAGACCCACUGGUGAUCUGCGGGAGAGGAUGAAGAAUAAGAGACAGGAUGUUGACUCAGAGAACCUGAAGCGAGACCUUGACGAGCCCACAUCCCCCACAGCUAGACAGAGAGACUCCUCCAGAGGCCGACACAGGGAGAAGGAGGAUAUAAAGAUCACAAAAGAGCGCACCCCUGCCAGUGAAGAAGAGCCUACAGAGUGGGAAACAAAUCGAGAAGACUCAGAUAUUGGCGAUUACGACUACGAGUUAUCCCUGGAGAUGAAGCGCCAGAAGAUUCAGCGUGAGUUGAUGAAGCUGGAGCAGGAGAACUUGGACAAGAGAGAGGAAAUUGUCAUUAAGAAAGAGGAGACACCCACCAAAACGCGAACCAACAGCACAUCAAAGGUAAACAACAAGAACUCCCCUGAGCAAACGAGCUCCAAAGGUUCCCCCUCGUCCAGGAAGUCCAAUGGAUCUCCGAAACACAAAAGUGGAACCAAAGCCUCCGCAUCUGGGAAGAAAGAGAAGAAGCUGUCGGUGUCCUCGCCUGUGUCAGAGUCUACCAGGCCCUCAAAAGGGAGCCACAGUAAGAAAAAAGGGCCACGUACCCCUAGCCCACCUCCGCCAGUCCCCGUGGAAAUUCCUGUGAUGGGGAAGAAGCACAAAGGCAAACAUAAAAACAAGGAGAAGUCCGAGGAGAAGCCUAAGGAGGGAAAGGACCGAGGACGAGAUGCAGAAAAACACAAAGAGAAGAAGGAAAAACGCAGGGACCGGUCUGACAGUUCCCACAAAGCCAAGCGGUCAGUGACGUCAGAGGAGCGUUCUGGUAGUGUGUCGUCUCCCUCCAGGGACCAGUCACCUGCAGCCAGGAAGAAAUCCACCUCCCCUAAAACUGUUUCUCACAAGGCUCCUGCACUGGCUUCCCCUCCUCGCAGGUCUCCCUCUCCUCCUCACCACCAGCGGAGCCCCACUCCUCCCCGCCACCACUCCCCUUCCUCCCACUCUGGUUCCUCCGCCCAGCGACACUCUCCGUCCCCUCGCCGGCGUCGUUCUGCCUCCCCUGCCUACCACCGUGAUGCUCCUGCAGGGGCCGCUGGCUCCUCACCUCUGGGCUCCAGGCGCUCCCGAUCACCCCCCACCACCCGGGACACCUCCCCGCCCCACCGUCGAUCUGACAGAUCGAGCCCAGGCCGACAUCACUCCCAGGGCCGCGAGAGGAGCCGCGGUGACCGGGACAGGAGUCCGCCUGCCCAGGAGCGCAGACAUGAGCGCAGAGAUGAAAGCCGCAGCAAACGGGAGAAGGACAGCCGUGAUGACCGGGACUAUGACACAGAGCAGACCUCGUCCCGGGACACCCGUGAAGACAGGGAGAGCAGAGACGUGCGUGAGCGGCGUGACGGCCGCGAACGAGGAAGAGAGACAAUCCGGGAGUCUCGGGAUCACCGAGACAACAGGGACGUGAAGGAUUCCAGGGAAAGCAGGACAGACACGCGCUCGGGCCGAGACUCACUGGAGCGCCGGGACCGCGACCGGGAGCGAGAGAGGGAACGGGAGAAGGAGAGGGAGAAAGAGAGGGAGAGAGAGAAGGAGAGGGAGAGGGAAAGGAUGGAGAGCCACAGGAAGGAGGAGCUGGCCCAGGAGGAGAGGAGUUACAGCAGAGCUCAUGGACGAGAGGAUGGAGGGAGAACUGAAGGGAAGGGGGACAACAGGACGGACAGAGCUGAGAGGAAUGGACGAGGGAGAGGCCGCGGGAAUGAGACGUCCGACAAAGCUUCAAACCGAAAUUCAAGGGGUUCCCAGCUCGAGAGCGGCCAUGACAGUUGGGAGUCACGGGGCAGCAUGGUGCGAGAGAGGAGCACAGAGAGGAGCGCCGACCGCAGCGCCACAGACAGGAGCUCCGAGAGGGGCUCAGACCGAGAUCGCUACGAGGGCGACAGGAGAGGAGAGCAAACCCGCGAUUCCUCCUAUGACCGGAGAGGGGGGCACAAUGAACGGGACCGCAGAGACAACAGAGAGAGAGAUCAAAGAGCGGCUUCCCCCAGCAGACACCAGGGGAGAGGAGAGGAGUCUGAGAAGGAGGACAGGAGAGAGGAACGACGGGUGGACAGAGGCGAGGAUAGACGGGAGGACAGGGCCCGCGACCGUGAACGAGAGAGAGACAGGGAGCGGGAGAGGGAGCGGGAGCGGGAGAGAGAGAAGGAGAAGGAGCGAGAGAGGGAGAGGGAGAAGGAGCGAGAAAAGGAGAGGGAGGCCGAGCGAGAGCGGGCCCGGGAGAGAGAGAGAGACAGGGAGAGAGAGAGGGAACGCGAGCGGGAGAGGGAGAGAGAGAGGGAACGGGAGCGCGAGGAGCGGGAGAGGGAGAGAGAGGAGCGGGAAAGGGAGAGGAAGGAGCGAGAGCGGGAGAGGGAGAGGGAACGGGAGCAGCGUGAGCGAGAGAGGCAGCGGGAAUGGGAGGAGCGAGAGAAAGGAAGAGAGGAGAGACGGGAGAGGAGAGAGGACACCCGAGACGAUCGGCCUGUUCGAGAUGCCCACGACGAUCGCAAGACAAGUCGUAAGAGGCACAGGGUAGAGAACAGCCCGAGCCCACGACCCUCACCCAAGCGGGCGGCUCGUGACAUCAGCCCAGGAGACAGCGAUGGCUACAACAGUGCAGAAGAGAAAAGUGGAGAAAAGCAUCGCCUGCUGAGCCAGGUGGUCCGACCACAGGAGCCCUUGCUGCGCUCUCCACCCAGAGUUGCUCCAGCAGACGACAAGCCCAGCCGCUGGAAAGAUGAAGAGCGCCGAGGAGGAGGAGGAGACAAGAGGGAGGGACGCAGCCGCCACGAGGACCUGGAGCCCCGCGGGGAGCGAGUUCGAGCAGGUGACAGACGAGGGGAGCACUUCUCAGAGGCCGCCCCGUCUGACUCCCGCAGCCGAACCAGAGACCAGCGAGAGUCCAGUCCCCCUCCUCCUCCUCCUCCAGUCCUGACUGCUGGCAGCGAAGACCGAGACAGCGCCACGUCCCAGUCGCACGAGGAGGGCAAGAAGAAGACCAAGUCCCAGAGGAAGGGGCUGAAGAAGGGACGCAAGGAGGAGGAGAGCGGUGGCAGCACCAGCCUGGCUGGAGCAGGGGACCGUUUCAACCCAGAGCCCCCAUCGGGUGGCUCCACAGACGGGCCACCACCUCUACACUCCCCCCGGAAAGGAAACAAGAAAAAGCCGCUGGACCGAAAGAGGAAGCGCUCACGAGGAGGAGAGUCGGACAUGUCUGAGGAGGAUUCAUCUGCGCAUCAGCCUCUUAGUAAGAGGAAGCGAGGACCCAGGACACCUCCGCCCUCGAUGAGGCCUGACCACCGUGCCACUGGAGGCAACGCAGAGCCCUCACCGCUGCCCAAAAUGGAUCCCAACUUCAGUGACUGGUCAGACGAGGAAGUUAUGGAACGAGGGGUAGAGACGACAGCACUGCCAGCACCUACAGAGAGGACUCCAGUUGAGCCCCUCAGGAGAGGAGCUGGUCCCAGGGGGGCCAGGGACAGGGAUAGGGGCAACCCCCCGCCCAUCGCCCCUCUGCUCUCCCAGGAGCCUUCUAUGCUGAUGCAGACUUUGCCCCUACAGCCCCUCAUGUCUCAGUCCCUGCUCCGCAAGCCUCCCCCGGAGCAAACACGCAGCAGCAGCCUGGGGAGCAACCAGAGCCGUGCCUCGUCCAGGCGUCUGCGAUCUCCCUCCAACGAGUCAGCGCACCGGGAAGAUCCCCAGGGGCCGCGGUCCCGCCGGGGCAGGCUGCAGGGCGCCAACUCCCGUGACAGAGAGCGUGAGAGAGAGAGAGAACGAGAGAGGGAGAGAGAGAGGGAAAGAGAAAGGGAGCGCGAGAGAGACAGGCCUGUGGUGACUGACCCUCCGGGAGCAGAGAGGAAGUCUCGCAUCGACCAGUUGAGGAGAGGAGAGCCCAGCCGCAGUACCUCGUCAGACCGACAGGACUCACGCAGCCACAGCUCCAGACGCAGCUCCCCUGACUCUGAGAGGCAGGCCAGGUCCCGGUCCCGCGCUGGCUCCUACGACAGUCGAGAGCGGGAGAGAGAGCGGGAGCAGUUUGAGCGGGAGCGGGACAGGAAAGACCUUCGGCCUCAGCAGCAGCAGCAGCCCCUGCUCCUCCAACAGCCCCCACAGCAGCAGAGAGACUGGGAGCCUGAGCCCAGGGACUGGGCCGGCCGGGGACGCGAGCCUCUGCUUAUGCGCCCCGGCAGGGAACCUCUCCUGAGGGAGCGUGAUAUGAGGGACAGGGAGCGCUUGCUCCCUGAGGGCCUCAUCCAGCAGCACGAACGAGAACGGGAGAGGGAACGAGAGAGGGAAAGAGACAGCAGGGGUGAAAGAGGCGGAGAUCGAGACAGGGAGAGGAUGAUGAUGAUGGACCUGCCACCCCACGGGGACCCCAGGGGUCUGGGCCGCGGGGACCUGAGGGGAGAUCUGCGAGGGGACAUGAUGCUGAGGCAGGACCGGGGUGACUACGAGCCCCUGUUGCCGAGAGAAGCCUUUGUCCUGGAGCCUGAAAAACCAAGCAACAGCCAUCACCUCAUGGGAGAACAACGGGAGCUGGAGAAGGCAGACAGCAUGGAUGGAGAGGAUGAUGGGAAGGAUGAUGAUUGCCGGUCAGUGGCAUCUGGUGGAGAGGAGUACGAACCAAUCAGUGAUGACGAGUUGGAUGAGAUCCUGGCUGAUAGCCAGAAGAAAGAGGAUCAACAGGACGAUGAGAAAGUCACAGGUCCUCUGGAUGUGAUUGAUGUGGAUUGGUCCAGUCUGAUGCCCAAACAGAAGCAGGAGGCCCGGGCGGCGGGGGCAGCUUUGCUCCGGUUCACCCCAGGGGCCGUACUCCUCAGGGCAGGCGUCUCCAAGCGACUGGCCGGGCCUGAGCUGCUGGAGCAGGUCAGAGAGGUGUGCAAGGCUGAGCUGGAUGACCCCAAAGAUGCUGAGAAGCUGUUUGAACAUGACCUGGGAGCCCUGAACAUGGCGGCCCUGAACAGGCGAGUGGAGAGAGCAGGUCUGCUGAGCAACUUGGGGCCCUGCUGCAAGGCCCUGUGCGCCCGCAGAGACUUCGCCAUUCGCCGGCAGCUUCUCAAGAACGAGAAGGGCCUGACGAAGCAGAUGUACCCCACCACCCCUGUGGUGGACAAUGAGCUGCUGCAGAUGAGCAUGCGUCUCUUCAGAAGGACGGUGGCGGGCCAGGAGAGGCCUGACGGUGUGUCUGGGUCAGCUGAAGUAGCUGCACCCGGCAGUAGUAAGCCCAGCACAGCUCAGCCUGAGGUGUGCGUGUCUUGAAAAGAAUGGGCUUAGUGAGUCAAACGCAUGAAAGUGAAAGCUAAGCCUUUACUCCUUUUAAUCCCCCGACUGUCCCUUUUCCUUACAUAGCCUUUUUUUUUUUUUUUUUUAAAUCAUCGGAGGGAAUAAAAAAAGAGAGACGAGAGAGAGAAAACAGAGCAAAAAUGAUUCUUUGUCAGUCAUGCUUAACAUUUUUGGAUGAUUGAUCAGCAAGUGCUGUGCCAUAGACUACUGGACACGCUAGCCUAUGGAGGUGUGUAGACCCUUGUACUUUGAACUAAAUGAAACAUGUACAGGAGAGACAUAAAACACAUUCUGCAAUGACUCAUGUUUUUGUUCAAUCAAGUAUUUUAGAGCUGCUUUUAAGUUGUCACUCCCCCCCUUACUUAUCAAAGAUAAAUUGUCUCUAUGUUUUGUUUUCUUAUGUUGUGCAUUGGUUACUAAAACUGUGCAUUAAAAUGGUUAGAUGUUGAUUUUUUGUAAUGGGUCUUUGCUUUGUAUGAAAGUACUGUUCAGCCUUCAAAUGAUGUGACACUUGAUGUCUUUAUUUCUUAUUGUGUUUACACCAUAUCCAAGAAAAAAAAAAAAAGAUCGACACCAAAUCUACAGCCUUUGUUUACACUGAAGUUACUGACCAGCAGCACUGAAAUCCUGCAGGGACUUGAAUGAAUGUUUCCCAUGAGAACAAGCACUGCCAAACUAUUCCCUCCCUGAAUGUAAUUUGUUACAACUGUUAAGUCUGUGGAAACAUUUCUUGCGAACUGCUCUUUGCUUGAUGGAUUUGUUUUGAAUGGUUUGGCAAUGUCUCGCCCCCUGAAAUGAACUGCAAUGACUGCACAGCACACUAAAGACUGCAGAGUACCCCAGCUCCAACACUGCCAUGUGGAAAAUGAAUGUCCCGUCCUUUACAUUCACCAGCCCACACACAAAAAAAAAAAACAAAAACAAACAAACAACAACAACAAAAAAGAAAGAACCGAAACUGUUCCAAAAGAAACGUCCACGUAGGAAAGACUGCUUAGACAACACGACUGAAACAGUUUUAGCUCUCUGGUGGAGGAACCUGAACCUCUGUGGGACACGGUCAAACCAAAGCAAGUGACACUUCAUUAAAGCAGGUUUUGCAUGCCGAGUGUGCUGGACCACAGACUGACGGGACAGACUUACUCUAUUUAAAAAAAAAAAAAAAAAAAGCCUAAUGCACAGAAUUAGGGUGGGA